UCACAUGAUUUGAGUGCAGCCAACAUGGCGUCACAUUUAUCUUAUGGCAGAGUAAACUUAAAUAUUUUGAGGGAGGCUGCACGAAAGGAGCUGCGUGAGUUUUUAGAUAAAUGCUCCGGAAGUAAGGCAAUUGUUUGGGACGAGUAUCUUACUGGACCCUUCGGCUUGAUUGCUCAGUAUUCUCUUUUAAAGGAACAUGAAGUGGAGAAAAUGUUUACGCUCAAAGGCGGUCAUAUACCAUCAGCUGCGGUCAAGAAUAUUGUGUUUUUUGUUCGACCAAGGUUGGAACUGAUGGACAUCAUUGCAGAAAAUGUUGCAAGUGAGGAUAAAUUACAUCCACCAAGAGAUUUCCACAUCUUGUUUGUGCCUCGCCGGAGUCUUCUGUGUGAACAGAGACUGAAAGAGAAGGGGGUACUUAACUCAUUUACAAACAUCGAUGAGUACAUCCUUGACCUCAUCCCGUAUGACGGAGAUCUUCUUUCCAUGGAGUCCGAGAAUUCCUUUAGAGAGUGUUAUAUAGAGAAUGAUCAGACGAGCCUGUAUCACACUGCAAAGGGUCUCAUGACUUUGCAAGCGCUUUAUGGAACGAUACCCCAGAUUUUUGGCAAAGGAGAAUGUGCAAGGCACGUGGCCAACAUGAUGUUGCGGAUGAAGAGAGAGUGUGCUGGAAGUCCCACACAGAUCCUACCCGUGUUUGAUACACUUCUGCUAUUGGAUCGUAACGUGGACCUGCUGACGCCUCUGGCCACACAGCUGACUUACGAAGGUCUCAUCGAUGAGAUCUAUGGCAUCACCAAUGGUUAUGUGAAGCUGCCACCUGAGAAGUUUGCGCAGAAGAAACAAGGAGAAAGUAGCAAAGAUUUGCCCACCGAACCCAAAAAACUGCAGCUCAAUUCGGCCGAGGAGCUCUACGCUGAAAUACGGGACAAGAACUUCAAUGCUGUCGGUGCAGCUCUCAGCAAGAAAGCCAAGAUUAUAUCAGCGGCGUUUGAGGAGCGACACAAUGCAAAAACUGUCGGAGAGAUCAAACAGUUUGUUUCCCAGUUACCUCACAUGCAGGCCGCCCGCAGCUCACUGGCCAAUCACACGUCUAUCGCUGAACUCAUUAAAGAUAUUACAACCUCAGAAGUUUUCUUUGACAGUCUUACAGUUGAACAGGAGUUCAUGACUGGUGUGGACACAGACAAGGUCAGCACAUAUAUAGAAGACUGCAUUGCACAAAAAGACCCAAUUAUAAAAAUCCUUCGACUGGUUUGCAUGCAGUCUGUCUGCAACAGUGGACUCAAACAGAAACUCCUGGACUACUAUAAGAAAGAAAUCCUACAGACAUACGGAUACGAGCACAUUCUGACUCUCAACAACCUGGAAAAGGUCGGGUUACUCAAACUUCAGAGCACCAUGAGAAAUAACUAUCCUACCAUCAGAAAGACACUGAAACUUUGGAUGGAGGAUACCAAUGAACAGAACCCGAAUGACAUCUCGUAUGUGUACAGCGGUUACGCUCCUCUUAGUGUUCGUCUCACUCAGCUGCUUGCUCGACCGGGCUGGAGGAGCAUAGAGGAGGUGCUGAAGAUGUUACCUGGUCCUCAUUUUGAGGAAAGACAGCAACUUCCCACAGGCCUUCACAAGAAACGUCAACCGGGUGAAAACAGAACGACUCUCGUCUUCUUCCUGGGCGGUGUGACGUACGCCGAAAUCGCAGCUCUGAGGUUCUUGUCUCAGAUGGAGGACAGUGGGAAUGAAUACAUUAUAGCCACCACUAAACUCAUUAAUGGUACCAGUUGGAUCAAAUCUCUGAUGGAUCAUCCCGAUGAAGAGCUAUUUUAAUAUUGCUAUGUAAAGCUGGAGGACAUCAGUACAGUCCCAACAUCAUUUUACACUCAUGAACCAAAACUUUAAUGUUGUGUAUACAUGUAUAUAAGCUAAAGUGAUAUUGCUGCAUUCGUUAAAAUUGUUUUUUUUUCUGUGUAUAAAUUGUUUGAACAAGUUACUCUCUGUUACUAAUUUAUCUCAAUAAACUAAUGCCUGAUAGAUAAACGG